AUGGCUAAAGAAAUAAAAUCUUAUACUCCAACUGGUCAUAUUCAAAGGUCAGCUUAUAAUUUAGUUGCUCAGUGGGUUAAAAAUGCAUGGGAUGCUAUAGAUCCUUCUUUAAUUCAUCACUUCUUUAAGUGUUGUAGAAUUUCUAAUGCACAAGAUGGUAGUAAAGAACAUCUUAUAUUUGAUUAUGAUCUUGUUACAAAAAAUAAUGCUAGUAAUAAUGGAAAUUAUGUCUAUUUGAGCAAUGAAAGUUCAGAUAUAAAUAUAGAAGAUCAUCAGAGAAUCGAGAAUAUAGAAACAUAUUUUAGUCAAGAAAAAGAAGAUAGUAUCGAAAAAUAUAAAGAUGAUUAUUAUGAAGAUCAAGAGUUGAAUUAUAAAAGUAUAAAUCUUAUUUAUAUGGCAUAA